AUGGCAGCUGCCCCGGAGUCUUCCGCAUCCGACUCUAUUUACGCCCAAGUCGACAACUACCCGUGGGACACCGACACAGAGUUCCAAAGCGGUCUCGGAGCUAUCCUAGGCUCUACUGCAUCUUCAGAACAAGCAGUAGAGCUGUCUCUGCGCGCACGCUGCUUCUACUACUCCCGCAAGUUCAACACCUCGGUCGACUUCGACGCCUACAAAGCCUACCGCGCCAGCGCGCCCUCUCCCUCCGCAGUCCCCACCACCGCACCCAACGGCCUCGCGCCCGCCGCCGACCUCCCCGCGACGCCCUCUCCCGGCCAGACGCCGCCGCUCGGCUCGACAGCGACGUUCCCUUCCGCCGCACCAACGACCUCCACGCCAGCUUCCGCACCACCACCAGCCGCAUCCGCUGAAGGCGAGCAACAAGGCGAAGCGCCGUACCCGACGUCCUUCGCGCACAUCGUCGAGCUGAUUACGUCGGGACAGCCGAUUCCGGGUAUCAAGGAGAUCCCGGACACGGUGCUCGAGGGCCAAGGGUCGGCGAGCACGGCGUCGAAGCGCAAGAAGCCGUGGGAGAAGGACGUCGGCGUUGCGGCUGGGUCGCCGGAGGCGGCGGCGGCUGCUUCGCAGUGA